AUGUUGGCUGGCCUUGUGUUGUGCUUUUUACACACGCUUGGCAUCGUGACAUCGGCCGACGCCAGCAGAUGCCCACAAGACUUCCUGGGUCGCUACGCAGGCUGUCAAGCAAGACAGGACAUCAAAGCAAUGAUCAGUUUCGUGUUGGGUACGUUGGUGAUUCUGGCUGGUGCCCCAGCUCCGGAACAUUUCCCUGGCAGCAGCCUUCGAGACACCCUCUUGAAGAUGGAGAGCUGCGCCGGUCUGCUAUGA